GAGAGUACGGUGAGGCCUGAGAACCCUAGCAUAGCUUUGGGCGAGAAUGGUUUUGGCGUUUUUAUAAAGCUAUUUUUAUUUACUCCGAGUUUAUUCACAAGCCUAUUGACUGUUUCACGUGUAAACUUUUACGAAUAAUGGCUUUAACUUUGCUUGACUCGGUCGUGAGUGAAUGCCACUCGGAAACCAUUUGAAGGAUCAAAGAAAUCGCAACAGGAGAAAAUUACCCUUUAGGAAGCGGAAGACUGGUACCAUCGGGCAAGUAAAUGUGAGGCAUUAAAACUUUUCUCUUUACUCUGAAUUGCACAGGAGUUCUGUUUGCAUGAAUAGGUGAUGAAUUGCACUAAGAGAAAUAAGUUUUGCCGUGUAUUACAGACGUGGUGCGACUGGAUCAGGCUCAAAGACUGGUUUAUUUUCUAGCCUACUUGAAAUCAGUGCAGACAUUGGAAAACCUGACUCCAUAAAUAAUACUUGACCUCAAACAAGCUUUUCAAAAAAAUAUUCAACGCAUCAUUUGUGACGUCGCGGUGUUUUCUUGUAACUUUUUUUGGAUUACACUUUUGGCCAGCAUUUUGCACAACGUUAAAAAAUGCUUGUUGCGCACCCAUUACUUGUCAAAAUUGUACGAAGUCACAAAAGACUUGGUCAGUUGAGUCUGGGUUUAUUGCUUUUCCUUGAGUUAGUGACGCCAUCCUCAUCCCAAAAUUGUCCAGUGAACUGCACGUGUACAUCGACUGCUGUGGAAUGCAUUAACCAGGGCUUUUCAGCCGUACCCAAGGAUCUACCGAAACAUGUCAAGGUCCUUUCCUUAAGUGGCAAUAACAUAUCCCAACUCUCUGUGGACUCCUUCACAGACCUUUUGACUCAGCUCACUGACCUGCAUCUGACGGGCAAUAAGAUUGAGCAGGUUGAACCAAACUCGUUCACCAAUUUGCCUAGUCUGCGAUUGCUCGACCUCAGUAACAACAGGUUACACUCCUUCAGCUCAGAAGCCUUCCUUGUCAACAACAGCCUACAGGAGCUCAACCUGAGCAGGUCCCUCUAUGAUUACUCCUACAAUGAGAUCUCCAGCCUGCUCCAGAACGGGACCCCAGGGCUAUCCGUGCUGGACCUGUCCAACAACAACCUGCUCUAUCUCCCCGAGAACAUCUUCUCCAACUCGGGGAACCUCAGCAGGCUCAACCUGAGGAACAACUCCCUUGUGUCCUUCCGGAACGGGACCCUGAAGAAUGUGCGCCUGCUGAGUCUUGAUCUGCGGGAGAACUCGCUGAAAGAGCUGCCCAACAGCUCCCUGGCCGAGCUCAGCCUGCAGCAGGGGAUGCGUCUGUGGCUGGGGGGGAACCCCUGGAACUGCGACUGCAUCGAGGACCUGGUUGUGUGGCUGAGGGGGGCGGAGCAGGUGGUGGACCGGCAGGAGCUGGCCUGUGCUGAACCCGAGAGGCUGAGGCGGGUUCGCCUGCUGCAGCUGAACAGGACCGAGUGCUCCUUCUCUAAUGACAUGAAGGGCGUGCUGGAGACGUCUUACGUCUUCCUGGGCAUGGUGCUGGCGCUCAUUGGGGUCAUCUUCCUGUUUGUCCUCUAUCUUAACAGGAAGGGCAUCAAGAGGUGGAUGUACAACAUCCGCGAUGCAUGCAGAGACCACAUGGAGGGCUACCACUAUAGAUACGAGAUCAACUCAGACCCCAGGCUCGCUAACCUCAGCCUCAACUCUGAUGUGUGACGGAGGGACGAGAGGGAGAGAGAGAGGGAGCGAGGGAAGGGUGGGGGGUUGUUUCGCCCCUCAUGUUGAUGGCAUUGGUGACUUGCUCUAGCUAUGCAUGAUGUCCUUUUAGUUACAAAGAGACUCCAGCCCCAAGCCUGCCUCCUUCAUGUAGACCCUUACCUAUGCUGCAAAACGGGGCUUUAGCCAGCCAGCCCUCUCCAACCACCCCCUCACUGUGGUGAGGCCACGACCACCCCUGUUCCUACCCAUGUGAUACGCUCUCUACUGAUGUGUUCUGUCAUCUUUUGAUGUUGUGCAAUGCUGCAUGGACUGGCAGAUACAGUGGGGCCUGUACCAGGGCUUUCUGACAGAGACUGUCAAAAGUAUUUUUUCCAUACUGGGCAACUGCAGAGACUGGACAAAUUUAUGUUGUCAUAAUGUGACUGAAAAAUGCCUAUGUGCAUAUAUGCAUAUGCAUAUAAAUGUAUACAUACAUAUAUAUAUACACUGUAGCAUAGUAUAUAUCCAUGCUGACAGCAGUACGCUUUUGCCUUGGGAGAUGCCUCAUUUUAUCCCAGAAAUUAUAAUAAUAAUUUUUAUUUUAUUUUUUUGCAAAUGCAGGGUACAUGUCACUGUGCUUGUGUAGUGGUUGCUGUCAUCAGAUGAGAAUAUAUUCUCUCUUUAUUAUUCUGAUUAAUGAUCAAAAUAGUGCACAUUUGCCAUCUAUAGAUGGCUGCCAUGGUUAUUUUUCUCUCUGUCCUUCCUGAAAUAACUCUGCUUAAUAGGGUUGUUUUUAUUGCAGGUUACAGAGGGAGGUGUAGCUGUGAGAGUAGGAAAUCUACUAUAGCUGUGAGAGUAGGAAAUCUAGCUGCAGAUUGGUUAAACACGCAGUUGUGUCCUCUCAACACAGUACUCAUGGUCUACGCAGUUCAUGUGUGCUACAUGUGAACCUGUGCACCACACUUCACAUACAACCAAUGUUCCAUUUACUCAAUAGAAACUGCAUAUAAUACAUACAUCAUGUACUCAUACAUACUACAAAUAGUCAACAUAUACCAGAUAUGAUUUGUAGGCAAAAUUCCUUGUACACGGUACUCAUACACUGCAUACCAUAUGCACUAGGAAGACUCGGUAGACACUAAAUAUAUCGCGCUCUAAACACAAAUUCAAGAGACUGCAGUGUUCAUUAGAGAGCGGGAAGUGGUGUGAGGGGAGACUGUUUCUGCGUAUCGCACAACCCCCGCAAAACAGCAAGAACUGGCUGAGGGGGGGAAAGGCAUAGUGUGAGCACAAUAAUCUUUAUUUGUGACAUAUGGCCAUUAAACUCAAAACUCUAAAAAGUGCAGUUGGCUAUAUUGUUCAUGAUAAAGCUUUUUAAAAGCCUGAAAGUGGAAGAAAGACAUGGGCGGCGGGUGUGCCUAGAUCAGCAUUCCUGAGGGCUGUUUACGGUGCGUCGUGCCGGAUAUGGAAAUCGCUUCAACAAAAUUCCCUUCCCUCUGCUUGUAUUUAUUCAUUUAAUGGAGAAUGUAUGCAUGCAUUUCCCCCCUGGGUCCUUUGUGCAAUAAUGCCAUAACAUUUAACUUUUUUUGUGCUUUUAUGAUUACAUGCAAAAAUGUUGCAAUAUUAAAAUACUCUUAAAUGCAAA